CUGAGACUUUAACCCCGGUUGCUUUUUCAGCCCCUCACACUGGAGCUUUAAAACACCUCCUACCCCCCAAGAUCGCCUACCACUGACCAUAGUGCCAUAGUGUUUGCGCUCCAACACCAUGAUGAAAGCAAGCAUUUCAGACCAGCAACAUCAGGCCCUGUCCUCCGCUCAAGCCCGUGAACCCCCUCGCAACCCUGCCCUACUUUGUGCCUCGAAAUAUGCGUACUUGAUCCUACAGGCGCUCGGCUACGCUCUGCCUAUCCUGACCGCAGGGGUCUACUUCCAUUGCUAUUUCUACCAAGAAAGAGAGAAAGCAGUUUGUCGAUGGGAGGGCGAGAAAACGAUGAUAAUCCUGAGCGUUCUCAUUAUGGUUUGGUGGCCAGUGAACAAUGCCCUAUCCUAUUAUGCCCAUUGUCACGUUCGAAAGCCUACCAAGUGAGUUUACCUGAGCAGGGAUUGGUGAUUAUGUAUCCGUUAUAUCAGUCACUCAUGAAGCUGUGUGUUGAGAAACGUAUGUUCUUAGAUAUUGGUACGGAGCACUUCACCUACCUGACUGGUUCUUCCCCUACCCUGCUC